ACAGCAGCUCCGCAUCUAAACUUUGGAAAGGCUUCACAAAUUGUCUUUUUUUUAGCCUCAAAAUUUGAAGAAUACUUUUGGUGUGAGGGUCUAAGAUCAAAGCGCGUUUGAAAGCAACUCUCGUACACUCUAAUGUGGUUAGUUUAUGAGCGUUAAAUGAAAUUGUGGCCGUUAAAGUAUUAGCAUGCUAGCUAGCCGACAGCGCUAGCCGCAGUCAGAGGACUCAUGCCAUGGAUCCUCUGAGCAAUCGUGGCAGAUGAAAGUCGCUCUGGAGGUUUGGGACGGGAUCACGCUCCCUACUCUCUGGAUACGACUCGAGAGCACAAAGCCCAAGUUCCCCCUCAAAAUCGACGACUGCACCAAGGGUCACAUCUGGGCGUCUGUAGCCUGCAAUGAAGACUGCUUCUACGAGCUGCCCGUGGAGAGACAGGACGUGGUGCUGGUCGACAGGUUUGAGGAAGUUGAUCCAGAGUCUGGCAUGCAAUUAACUGACUCGUUUGCUGGGCCAAGCGAAGAUGUCUACCCCCUCCAUGUCAUCGAAAACACGGAUGGACAUUCAGGGUCCUGUGCUUUUUUUAAGCAGAGGAACGACAUCACGAAGCAGUUCGCUCUAAAAACCCUCACUUUGUUGCUUACUUUGGAGGAGGCCAUGGAAAGAUAUGGCCGAAAACUGGUGGUUGUGGCUUCCCAAGUGAGCCGAUUCAGAGCACUGAUCGGCAGCGAGAGCGAUCCGGAUUUGAAACUCAGCGAUGACUCUUACUGCGUGCUGGAAAAAGUGGCCCGUGGGCGGUGGCAGGGGGAGAUUCAGGACCGAUCUGCACAAGAACGCUUCAAGGUAGAUGCCCGGAAGUUCCACUACUUGAGGAAAUCUCUUGUCAGACAUCAGCUGGUCACCCUGCAGUCGUAUAUCAAGCGUCUGCCGUCCGGGCUGCAGCAGCACUCCAUCCUACUGAUGCUCAAACGCUUCCAUGUCUACAGGUCUGACUCAGUACGACCCAUGAUGGAGUUUGUGACCAACUUCCUGCAGCAGUUGCCUGAUCAGUUCAGCUCUGUGAUGCAGCUCAGAAACACGAUGGAGUGCGUCUUUAAGCGUGUACUGAAGCACUUGAACGUUGCCAAGCUGGUGCAGUUCUUCCAGUAUCCCCUGGAGGACUUGGAUCCCAGCACCAAACCCUGUCUCAACAAAAAGGGUAAUAAAGUGCAUGUACGUUGUAUAAAGCUGCUGAAGCCGUUUGUGAAGAAGGGCUUCACUGAUGCUGAUGACGACGACGACGAUGAUGAAGACUGUGACAGAAACAGGGAUUUGCCGUCGGAGGGGCGGCUCUUGGAGAAGGACUACCUCUCACAGGCCUACGGCAUCGUGCUGUCCUGUGGCACAAAGGGAAUCCAGAGAGCUAUAGGCGUCAGAUUGAACGUGGGGAAGCUGGACUCGCGGCUGGUGUGCAAGAAGCUGGACGACGGCGUGAUCACGGCGUUCAUGGAGGACGAAGGUCGUCAGAGGACCGCCAAGUUCAUCAGCCAUCGGUGUGUGGGCGUCAGUGAUCAGCUGCAGAUGUUUGCUAAAGAGAAGGAAAGAACAAGCCUGCUUGCCACGCCGGGCGCCAAAGCGGCGGCCCUCCUCCGAAACACCGACGGCACGAGACGACGGCAAACUCCUCCUGCCAAGAAAAAGAAAACGGGGAAAGGAAACCAAGAAGAGGAGGAGGAGGAGGAUGAAGGGCAGGCUGGUGAUGAGAGCACAGGGGGCAAGAGGUCAAAGGGCAAAGGAUGUAAAGCAAAAGGAAGCAAAAAGACCAAAGGAAAAAAAACAGCCGACGGCAGAGGACGGAGAACCCGAAGCUCCUGUCACGCAGCCUCCAGCCGGAGCGGUCUUGUUUCACAUUUCUCAGACGAAGCUGCAUCCUGCGACGAACCUCUGCCUCCUGAGGCGGAGACGGUUUCUGCAGCAGCUCCGGAGGAGCCGUCCAGCUCAGCUCCCGCCUCCUCUCCAACUCGCACUGAGGCUUCGAGCGCAGCAGAGGACGCCGCCGGCAGCAGAGACGAACCCGUGAGCGGCUGUCCCUCAUUCGUGCAGCGGUCUCGGGAGACGUACCGCCUGCUGAAGAGGAAGAACCUGAUCGUGGAGGCCAUCAACAACCUCAGGAUCAUCGAGGGUUUCUUCCCGCUGCAGAAGAUGAUCAUCGAGCAGGAGAAGCAGGAAGGCGUCAGUUCAAAGUGCUGCAAGAAAACCGUCCUCCGUCUCGUCCAGGGCCUGUCGAAGAAAGGCUUGCUCAAGCUUUACACGACCUCCGUCGUCCAGGACGGGGUCACCAAGAAGGUUGACAUGAUCGUCCCGUCCAUUCAGCCCAACGAUAAAAUUGUGCAUCAAGUCAUUGAGCAGGUCCGCUUUAAGAUGUCCAACUCUUACAUAAUGCACGCAACCAGCAGGCUGAGGAAAGAGAGAGAGAGCUGCAGAAGGACCAGCAGGAGACGAGCGCCCACCAAGGCACUGAAGAGCAAAGCUGAGAGGAGGAGGCGGUUUCUCAAAGACGACGACUUCAAGCCCGUGCCAGUUCCCGGGUUGAGUAAGGCGUUGGGCUUCCAGCCCAAGAUGCACCGCCUGAGCGCCGUCCACAAGUUCCUCUGGUACAUCAUCUACGGCCACCCGCUGCUGCAGACGUCCGCCGCCGCCGACGAGAGCGGCAAGCCCAAGAUCAAGUGGGAUCCGAAGUCCGACGCCGCCACAGCGGAGCAGAAAGCUGCAAACGGCGGCCGGUCCAACCUGGAUGUGAUGUCCGACGACGAAGGGGAGGAGCCGAAGGACGCCUCGGCGCACUCUCAGUCUCAGAGUGAACCGAAGGUGUACGUCGACGAAGAGUCGUGGAAGAGGUUCGUCCCUCCCGUGCACGUGCACAUGGACUACGCUCAGGGCUGGGCCAUGGUGGGCGACCUGCUCCUCUGCCUGCCUCUCUCCAUCUACGUUCAGGUCAUACAGGUCAUGUACAAGGUGGACGGACUGGAGGACUUCCUCAACGACCCGGUGAAGCAGCACUACCUCAUCCGGAUGCUGCCGGCGCGGACCAAACGGCAGCUGCUGUUCAAACGGAAAUACUUCACGGCUAUUUAUGAGAACCUGCAGAAGCUGGCUUACAUGGGUCUGCUGCAGUUCGGCCCGGUUGAGAAGUUUCAGGAUAAAGAGCAGGUGUUCAUACACCUGAAGCGAAACGCCACCAUCGUGGACACCACCACGGCAGAGCCGCACUACUGGCUGAUCACCGAGUCGCCCGACAAGCCGUUCCAGCGCCGCCGCUACACGUUCAGCAGCUACAGCGACGUGGAGAGCUACUGGUUCGACCUGAUGUGUGUCUGCCUCAACACGCCGCUGGGUGUGAUUCGUGGUAAGAGACGCUCCAAGGACGAAGGGGCUCCUUCCUUCGUGCCCGAGCGCUACCUGUUCGUGGCGUUGGCGUACCUCCUCAGGGGCAGCGCGGAGGCCUGUGACGACGGCUCGAUACCGGGAGACGGGAAAGGAGCCGCAGGUCUGCACUCGGAAUUCUUCGGCCAUCUUAAACGCAACUGGCUGUGGACCAAUCACCUGCUCAGCGUUGGAGGGAGCUCAAAAUGCUUUGGAGUCGCAGCCCACCCAGACCAGGCUGAAGAGCCUCCUCACCCGAGACGCUCUCACGUGUCGCUGGCCGCAGAGUCGGCCAGACAUUAUGUGACCACAAAGCGACCGCUGUCAUCAGUCCCUGUCGAGGUGGGAAUCGAACCGGCUUCCAGGAACCAGCAGGUGGUCGGCGGGAAGAAGCAGAAAAGAAGGAGGCCCAAAAAAGAAGCUGCUGUCAAAGUGCCAAAGAAGAGGAAGAAAGCUCAACCGAAGAAACGCUCUAAAGCCCACGACGAGAAGGACCACAAGGCCCUGAAGAUGAUGACCAGGCAGAGGGUGUACUGGUCUGUGCAGGAAGACUCUCUGAUGAUGCUGUGCUGCGUGGCCACUCACCUGCUCAACAGCAAGUUGAAAAGGCCGUUUGUGCCUCACUGUGUGGUGCGAGACCUGCUCCAUUCGGAGUUCGAGGUGUCGGUGGACAAAACGUCCGUGUCGGUCGGGCGGCGCUCUCGCUACAUCCUGAAAAAUCCCCAGACGCUCCUCAACUACAGGAUCUGCGUGGCCGAGGUUUGCCAGGACAAAGCCCUGAUGAAGGUGCUGGAGGAGCUCAAGCCGGCCGAUCCGGAGAACCCCGAGGACUGCGCCAAGUCGUUUUCUGAGUACACCAGGCUGCUCAGACAGAAGUUCAGCUCCGUCAUGAGCCCCGGGGACUCCGUCAUACCCGACUCCAGGCAGGAGCUCUUCUCGCGAUUUAAGGUCGCAGCUAUCGACUGUACGAAAGACAUGUCAUUUGAAGACAAGCUCACCUGCCCUGAAGACAUUCACGCCAUCGUGUUGCACAACUUCAUCCAAAGCACCCUGGCCAUGACCAACAGCCAGAUGAAGUCCUCCAGGUCCUUUCAGACCUUCCAUAUAUACAGUAAGUACGACCAGGAGCUGCUGUGCCAAGUCUUCAUCCAGUGCAGGAAGCGGGGCCUGGUCAACCGCCGCCGCGUCAGCAAGUCGUUCGGGCCCAAGAAGAACCGCGCGUUGCCCAUGCUGCCCAUGUCCUACCAGCUGUCCCAGUCCUACUACAGGUGCUUCUCGUGGCGUUUCCCUCACUCGCUCUGCACCGACGCCUUCUGCUUCCUGAAGACUCUGAUCAACAACCCGACCGGAGACGGCCGGCCGGCCACGGCUUUCUACCACGAGCCCGAAGUCCGGUCGGUGACCGGGGAGGACCCGCUGGAGAGAAGAGGGUCGUCGAAAAAGACAGAAAACAAAGUGCCGGGAAAGACGAUAGUGGUCCGGUGAUCGGCAGAGGAGCAGACCGACGGGAAGGACGCAGACAAAGCUGGAGGGAAGGAGGAGGUGGAGGAGGUGGAGGUGGCAGGGAGCAGUGAGAACACCGAGGAGACGGACCGUGAACGGGGGGCGCGGGACGCUUCUCUUGAGGCGCCAUCGGUCACUCCCGACAAAGCUGCAGCGGCUCCGGACGAGCUGCCGGACGUGUUGGACAUGCUGCAGUUCUCCCUGAACUGUGGGGGCGCCUGCAUGGUGUCGCUCAGCCUCAUGUCUCUGGGCCUGCUCAGCGUGCACAUGUCCAUCCCCAAGCAGCUGGUGGUGGUGGACACCAACAUGGUGGACAGCGAGGUGGUGAGGAGCAUGACCGUCCUGGACGAAGACGACGACGAUGAGGAAGACGGAGACGAGUGCGAGAGGAAGAAGAAGUUUGAAGUGAAAACGCAGAAGGCGUCACACACCAAGUACCUGAUGAUGAGAGGAUACUGCGCCCCGGGCAUCGUCAAGCUGCGGAACCUGAACACCAGCGACAGCAUCGUGGUGGAGCCGUGCAGGAUGCGGCUGCAGCUGCGCGACACGCCGGCGCACCACGUCUUCAGCGAGGAAGACCUGCCCCCGCUGGACCUGACCCAGUGCGGCCCCUCCCUGCUGCCGCCCUCGCUCACCCGCUGCAUCCACUCCUCCGCCGUGGCCUCGGCGGAGGAGUGCGACGGGCGGCUGGCCGAGCAGAGGCGGUACACCCGCCAGGACGUGGAGGCGUGCGCCGCGCUGAGGAGGAGCCUGAACGAAGCCGGGCGGAACGGCGUGGACGCGCGCGACUUCCGCCGGGCGCACGCGGACCUGCAGCGGCCGCGGCCCGGACGCACCCGCAGCCUGCAGCAGUACAUGCAGGAUCUGGAGGAGAUGCAGCAGGUGGUCCUGGUGGGGAGCCUGGGCCCCCGCUGGGUGCUGCUGCAGCACGCCGAGCCGUGGCUGCUCACCCUCAACACCAAGCAGUGGUCUCACACCCGCCUCACGUCCAGCCGCCUCAGCUACAUGACCCGGCAGCACAACGUCCCCUUCAUGCGCAAGAAGAGCGUGAGGCCGAGGGGCACGGCGGCGAGGGAGCCCCCCGCCAAGCGGCAGCGCGUGGACGCAGAGGACGGCUCCGAUAAGGAGGACGGAGUCCCGGCGUCCGGCGAGGAAGACCGGACGGCGAGGACAGAGAAGCCCCCGCACCCGGAGGAGGAGGAGGAAGCAGGAAGUCCGAUGACGGAGGACGAGAAGACGGAGCAGCCGGACGGAGACGACAGUCUGAACGCGGAGCCGUCCUCCCCGCCCCCGUCCGAUGAGCACGAGAACAUGAGCUUCGUCAGCCGGCCGUGGCGCAUGGUGGACGGCAAGCUCAACCGCCAGGUCUGCAAGGGCAUGCUGGAGGCCGUGCUCUGCCACGUCAUGUCCCGCCCCGGGCUCACGCAGCGGGCGCUGCUGGAGCACUACAAAGACCUGCUGCAGCCCGUGGCGGUGCUGGAGCUGGUGCAGGUUCUCAUCGACCUGGGCAGCGUCACCAGGAGGACGCUGGUCAAAGGUCGCAGGCCGUCGCUGUUCAGCCGCCCCACGCCGCCGGCGGGAGGCCGGACCGAGGAGACGGACCCGGAGGAACCGGACGCCGUCUUCUACGAGCCCACCCUGAGCUGCGGCCUGCGGCUCUGCAGGGUGCUGCCCAACGAGCGACACUGGAACUCCUGCGUGCCGUGAGCCGAUCGGCUCUCAGCCGGAUCCUCCGGACGCUCGGGAUCCGGCUUUUCUCUGCAGAAACCUCAAAGACUGAAACACACCAUUUUUUGUUUUGUUUUUAGGCAUUCAUUUGUUUUUGGCUACUUUUUCUGAUCUGUUCUUUAAUACAAAUGUUGAAUAAAACUGAAAAA